GGGAUUUUAAAAAGGGGAAUAAUGUGCCUUUGCCCAGGAUCUGAGGCUGUCAGGGUGCUGAAAAGCUGAUCUGUGACCAUGCAGAUCCCUUGGGCUGUGUGUGCUGUCUGUGUCCUGACACAAAUCACACUUCACUCCGUGCAAGGCUGGCAGAUGUUUAAAAAUGAUGCUACAGAAAUCAUUCCUGAGAUCACUGAAAAUCCAGAAACACCAGUGGAGCCGACUUUCAGCAACAACAACACCAUGAAUCAGGCAAAACAUGGAGGAAGACACAUACAACAAACUCCAGACCUCAAUGAUGCCUCCUUCAGCUGCCGGGAGGUGCGCACCACGCGGUUCCUGACGGACGGGCCGUGCCGCAGCCUGAAGCCGGUGAAGGAGCUGCUGUGCUCGGGCCAGUGCGAGCCCUCGCACCUCCUGCCCAACUCCAUCGGCCGCGGCAAGUGGUGGCGGCAGAACGCGCUGGAUUUCCGCUGCAUCCCCGCGCACAGCCGCACCCAGCGCGUCCUCAUGGCCUGUCCCCAGCAGGAGACCCGGACUUACAAAUUCCGAGCGGCCACGUCCUGCAAGUGCAAGCGCUACACCCGCUACCACAACCAGUCCGAGCUCAAGGACUUCGGCAAGGACCCCGCCCGGCCCCAGAAGAACAAGAAGCCGCAUCUGGCCAGAGCCAGGAGCGGCAAAUCCAACCAGCACGAGCUGGAAAAUGCUUAUUAGGAAGGAGGUGGCUCUGGGUUGUUGAGUUUGUGAGGUGCCCAGGACGAGGUGAGAGAUGAGAAUCUGACUCCAUGUUCUCGGAAGGCCGAUUUAUUAUUUUGUGAUAUUAUGUUAUAUUCUAUUAAAAGAACGCUAUACUAAGCUAUACUAAAGAAAGAGAAAGGAUGCAGACAGAAGGUUUAACAAGAAUGAUCAUGAAAAACUCGUGACCGACUCCUCAGAGUCCGGCACAGCUGAUGGUGAUGGGUCAUUAAUAAAAACAAUUCGCAUGAAACCAACCAAACACGCACCCGUUGGUAAAAACCUCCAGGCACAUUCCAAAGCAGCAAAACAGGGAGAAGCAAAUGAGAUAAUAUUGGUUUUUUUUUUUCUCUUUGGCUUCUCAUCUUCCCAGGAAAAGAAAUCCUGGCGAAGGGAGUUUCCAGGGAAUGUGACAGUGCCACUGGGGGACGCGGACUGGCGGAUGUUUGCUGAACCCUCAAAAGGCACUCAGUGCCCUCAGCACGAUGUUCUCACUGCAGUGGGUUCCAAUUCCUUCUGCUAAGCUGGGUCAAAGGCUCACAUAGGCAAGAAGGGGUCAGAUUGUAGCGCUUGUGGUGUGUAAGAGAAUGAGGUAAAGGCAGCUGGAGGCACCUGUCACUAUAGGACACGAAAUAACGCGGCACGGACACGCAGCUCUCUCAAGGCAAAAAGAGAAUUUUUAAUUUCUGACUCCAACAUUUAUAGAUUUCCAAAGGUGACACUGGAUUGGAGGGUGACAGUGCCACCUCUCCAGUGACACUGGACAAACCAACAGUCCAUCAAAUCUCUCCUCCUCAAUAAGAGAAUGAUAAACAAUGAGUUAUUUACACAAAGUGUGUGAGAAAGUUUGUUGCAAGAAUGUAAACAUCAGAAGGCUUAGAAAAACUUAAACAAUCAGGGUGACAGGCACCCCUUGGAGGUCCAUGGCAGUUUGUGUGUCCUGGAUGAGCAGGGAGGCAGAGGAGAGGGAAGCUGUUGUGGGGACAGCCACACUUUGCUUUAUUCCACUCACUUUAUGGGAAAUGAGUCUUGAGAUCCUUCCCCAGACAAGGCUGCAGGACAAGGCUGCAAUUAGGGAAGCACCAGGAGAGUCUCUGGAGGAGCCCUAGAAAGUUUGGGGUAGCAGGGAUUUCAAGUUCUGGUGGAUGAAGUCAAAUUGUUGGGAAAUGAACACAUUAUCAGAUGUCCUCAUGCACCAGGGGUUGCCUCUCAAAUCAAAAUGUGACAUUAGUGUUCUCAAAAGAGAAGUAAAAGUGUGACAAAUCCAUUCCAUACUUUUAAUUGAAAGAUUAUGGGGUCAACAAAUUCAAAACUGAGAUUUGGCAACUAAAAUAAUAUUGAUUUAGGAGCAAUGAUUUGGUUUAGGGACAAAUCAACAAAUUCUCCCAAGUGGAGCAGAUUUAUGAACAAGAUGCUCCUCUCAAACCAGAGAACCUCACUGAUGUUUGUCCUGUAAGCAGCUAACAUUAUUUAACAUAGAGUAACAUAGAACAUACUGAUUAUUCCUUAUUUCCUAGAACAUGUUUGACUUUAAUAUCAGCUUAGAUACAUCCAUUUACAUUUUCUGUUCUGUAGAGUUUGGAUUAUCUGGCCAUGCGCUCUGUAGCAGUAAAACUGUGCAAACCAAGCUCUGGGAGGAAGGUGGUGGUUCUGCACUAAAAGUGAGCCUCUGCUAAGUCAUGAAUUCCUCUAGAAAAGUCUUUAGGACUUGCAGCUUUGAUAAGUCUUUAGUUUGGCAGCAACUUUCCUUUACUUAGCUUCUCAACGCUCAGACUAAUGGUUGUGUUUUUACAUUAAAGGAUAUUGUUAGAAAGUGAAUUGUCACAUACUGUAUACAUCCUGUAGAAUUUAUGCUGAAAUAAUAUGAACUGUGGAAAUUUGAAAUGUUGAUAGAUUUUUCAGUAAUUUUAUGUGGGACCAGAACCUAGAGAGAAAAGGUGUCAUUUCAGAGAGUGAAUUACGUAUUUAUUU